GCCGUGCCGCCCGCGGAGAGCUCGCGCCCGCGGGGAGGGAGAGCCCCGGGCGGCUUCCAGGCGGCGCAGGGUGGCGGCUGCGCCGGCUGCCUGUGGCGGCAUGAGCCGUCCAGGUGCCGCCGUGCCUGCGCGGCGCCCGUGGGCCGACCUGCGGGACGACAGCCUGGACAACCUGCAGGAUGACUCGCUCCCGCCGCCUCCGCUCCACGAGGACUCGUACGUCCGCCAGGACACCGACCUCAGCAUUGACGCCGGGAGCCUCGCGAUGCAGUCAACGCAGGCAGCCUCGCAGGCGGCGAGCAGGAUGGGCUCGCAACAGGCGAGCUUCGAGAUGAUGACGGACAGCGAGUUUGGCUUCCCAGUCCGCUCAGCUCGG